AUGAAUACAAUCAAUCCUAUCGAAAAUGGGCAUUUCACUGGUACACCAAGGAAUCCCGAAGUCGAUUACUUGUCCCGCAGCCCUUUACCUACUCUCAAGACACAAUACCGACAGUUCAAGCAGGAGUUGGUCAGAGUAGAAGCCAAUGAACGUCAUCUGCGCCGACAACACGCGUUGGACCAAGAUCCGUACUGCCCAGACUUAGGUCCAGAACGUACAUUCCAACCUCUGAAAGACAAGGUCUUAUUUCUUAGGCAAGCCAUCGAGCUCAGGUUGGAGCAGACCAAGAAUGGCCAAUACUUCUGGACUCCCAAGGAAUACGUCCUCAGAUUCGAAAGUGGAGACAUGAACUACGCACACUUGGCAGACCCAAUAGCUAGAUAUCGUCUUCAGAGAGCCUUCGCGGAAGUUCAUCGCGAUCGUAUCCCGCCAUCCCAGGAGAUGAUCGAGGAGGUUGCUAGGCAGAUCAACAAUGCUUCGCUCAAUUUCCCUAUGACCUAUCGUCCUUACACUCAAGCCCGCGAGAGUGCCGGCAGGACUAUCUACUCACAGAAUGCUUUCUAA